CUGAUUGCGCCCUGAAGGCUUCUCCCCUUUCAACUCGUCUUCCGUACUCUGCCAUGAUGCCCGAGCGAUCAUCCACAGAGACCUCUAUCGAUUCCAUCCGUCACCAUGAAAAGGAAAGCCUCAUCGAAUCUUACUAUACCAAGCAACCGCCACGAUUUAGAAUAUACUCGAGAGCUCAUAUUGUCACCCUCUAUGUGUCCAACGCCAUUCUAUUACUGAUUAUCGCCGCAUUGGUUGGAAGUCUAUCGCAUCGACCUUUCCAGGAUCCCACCAUCGGCGUAUACUCACCUGCCAACGAGGCCAUCGAGUAUAUCAAGCAACACAAAUUUCGUGCUGCGCUCUUUGAGAAGACCCCAUACAUGGGAUUUCCGACCGACGAAACGGACCGCCUGUGGCAGGAGCUAUAUAACUUCGGAAUCUCCAAGAUUCCAGAACAUGAGGCGAGGAUGCUUCCCCAUCCAACGCUAAAAGUUCCUGGAACCGACGAAUAUCUCGUACAGCUUGAUGUAUGGCACGAGCUGCAUUGCCUCAACGACUUGCGAAUGCUACUAUACCCCGAACGGUUUCCAGGGCUGGCGGGCGUGACGAAUGACAAAGGUGUCAUCGACCGUGAAAGCAUCGAAUUCCGUCAUUGGGAUCACUGUGUUGACUCCAUCAGGGAAACCCUCAUGUGCCACGCAGACGUUGCUCCAAUUCCCUUCCGGGUCAACUUCCCAGCAAGUAAGGUCAUUGUGCCACGAUUGGCAACCACGCAUACCUGUCGAAACUUUACCAAGAUCCAGGAAUGGGCCAAGGAACACAAGGCCAGCUACUGGAAUUACAAUGUCACCGCGGAGCAAGCGGAAGAGAUUAUGCGGGAAUCGGGAUUUGACAAUGCGCCGUGGGAGAGCAUUGAUGACCAGUAUAUGGAAUUUCCGGGCAAUACAUUCUUCACAUACUGGCGGGAGCAUCCCGAGGAAGCAAAGGCCGCUAGGGAAAGGACCGCAGCAAGUGGUCUGUAAGAAGGAAGCUGUUCAAUAUAUUGGAGUGUUUCUCUGUGGAGGUACUUUCCUUUUGAUGAUAGACGGGGUGAUCAUGGAUCUUUCCUGUAUUUACCCGAUUUGUCUUUGCUUCAUAUAGUUCCAUGUCCUAGGAUGCGUAAUAUUGGCCGUCGCCAUCAAAGAAGUUUGUUGCGCUUUCCAUCUCAUAA